AUGAGGACAUCGUCAGCCAGUGCGACAUCUACGUCCGUCGCCACAUCGGCGAACACCGACGAAAGUGUGCUCAUUAAAACUUCUACAUCUACAACUCAUAAGGUAGGCAUCAUUACAGGGCACGGUAAUCCUGCAACAGCUGAAGGCGGGUCAAAUACUCCUCAAAACAAUGCGGAGACCACAAAGAGUUCAGUCGCAGAUACGACUAACGAAUUAAACGAAGCAAGUACUGGAAUAGCGCACGUCGACUCGCAUAUAUCCGAGACAACAAGUAAAGACUCAAGCUAUUCGACGGAGAAUACAGCAACAGCCACAGCGACAAGAGACACAAACUUCGGAGUCACGACAAGUACAUCGACAACUGGCACACCAGCGGCGUCUGUUGAUCAAGAAGGCAACGCUACGAAAGAAGCUGCCACAACCACCUCGAAAGCACCGCGUCUCAUUGAUUGGAUCAGCGCAGCAACUGGGAAACACCAUACAUCUACGAAUAAAUCAGAUAAUGCAAAUGAACAGGACAGUAAUCAAGGUUCUGUAGAACGUGCAACUGCAGCGUUCCAGAGCACGUCCACAGAGAAAGGUACAACGGCGACGACUGUUGGCUCUGACAUUUCGGAGCGCGAAAAAAAUGUAUCAAGUUCGGCAAUGACGGAAAACAUAUUCGUAGGAACAGUUAAAACCGCACACAAGGCACACACGGAUGCGACGACACCUACUACGAGCGGAUCAGCGGCAUCUCUUUCAGAAAUGUCGAAAAGCUCAGGAGGUGUGACAGCCGGUUCUCAAGCAGCCAGCUCCAUUGAUAACGAAGGUAUUGGAAUCGAACAUAAUUCUACUGCAGCAACUGGCAAAUCAAAUGAGCACGAAAGCAAUAAUGGCAACCGCCAAACUUCAACCACAUUAUCGCAUAGCACUUCAAUCGAACACGACACAAAGUGGACGUCUCUGGGCCCUCAAUUUUCGGAAAAAACAAACGUACUUCCAAAUUUGACAUCAACGGAAGCCUCAACACCAGAAGCAGCAAAUCCCAAAACAGACGCCUGA